AAAGGUGAAAAAAUCUUUAAUUUCAAAUUAGAAAUAGCUUUAAUUUUCUUUUGGCUAAUAAUUCUUGUCAACUACUAAGAGAUAUAGACUAUUUCGGACCUUUUAUCACUGGUCUAGAUGUCUAUCAAUUUGCAGUUACUUUCUUUAUUUGAGAUGCUUCUUAAGUUUUAAACUUUGCACAGUUCCUAAAAAAUAUUCUUCAUAAGUUCACUUGAGUUUGAUGAACUUGACCUAAAAAUCCCAGAACAAGCCCAAACAUUCUAGAAUUGGCUAUGUGAUGAAGGGGUUGUAUAAAUAAAGACACCUGUAAAGCCACCAAUUGUACCUAAAGGCUUAGGAUUAGUUGCUAUAAUUUGAGACAUAACAAGUUUUUACCCAUAACGGGUACUUUAAGAAGCCAGUAGAAAGCAAUAUAAAGAAAUAAGUUAUUUCCUUACAAAAAUAAGCGAACUUGAUAAUAUAAUAUAUAAUUGAAAUGCUCUCUAUUAUUUCAAGGAAUUUUUUAAAAAGUCGGAGUACAAAAUUUCAGAAUGCAAGAGGUAGUCAAUUCAGAAAAAAUUGACUUCAUUAGAGAAGCUAAUAUUAUAUACUUUCUAUGUAGAAUCUAAUCUCCUUAUUGAGAACAUAGUGAAGUAAGUGGUUUGUCUAAUUGCGUGGAAAAAAUGUAAUAACAAUAACUUACAACUUCAAUUGGUGUUAUCUACUGCAAUGUUACAGGGCUAAAAGAUAUCUUAUCAAAAUAGAGAGUAGAGCAUCAACUUUAAAUGAAAGAAGUAGAAUACUGGACAUUUAUCUUGAGACAUGUUAAAGAGAAGAAGCGUGGUGCAAAUCUCUUCAUCUUGCUUCCUGCGAGGUGAAAGAAAAACUAAAGUGGUUUUUCAUGUUGAGCAUAGAGUUUCAAAAUUACUUGAUGUCACUAAAUACAGGUUAUCCUUCAUUUAUGAAACCAUAUACAAGUGUUAGUGUUGAUUUGGGUGAUAAACCAAGUAAGUUUAAUGGUUCAUUAUCAAAAGUUCAACAAUUUCUGAAAAAUCUUGGCAAGAAAGCUUUUAAGAAUGUUCCAGAAAAUAAAGAAAGCAGCAUUUCAAUGUCAGAUCAUGAAGGAAGGAAGAUAAGUGAGAGAGCUCAUUCCUUACAAGACCUUGCUUUUGCUGGCGGUGGCGGAAAGUUGGCUUCAACACGAAAACCUCUUGAAUUUUAUACUAAGGACGUUGUAGUGCCUUCAUCUACAUCAUCAUCUUCUGUAUCAGGAAUCCAGAGUCAAACAUCUAUUACUUCUGAUGCAGAUUCUGAUGACAGGACUUUUGGUGAUGAAGGAACUCUUUGCUGGAAGUUGUUGAUUUCCCAUUUGUUCUUUGAUGCUAAAAGAAACGACCAAAUGAAAACCUCUUGGCAAGCGAAGAUUCAGACUAGUCGUGUUGAGAUGCCCUUUCAUUUACAUCAUAUUAAAGUGCACGACUCUCUCAUUAAUGAUCCAGGCAGAGUCCUCGAUCUAUCUUUGAUCCAACAAAUGGCCUUUUUCACAAGGUAUGUGAAUUUGUGUCUUAAGAUGUUCUGAGUCUUUUAUAACUAUCUAAACUUCCUUAUAUGUGGAAAUCCUAGAGUUGUCAGGGGCCAGGUACAUGCCUAUACAAUGUCGUAGGUGCGGGGAGGCGAGAUUUCCUCUUAUAUUGGGGGGAUAAACUUCUCCUGAAAUAUCAUCAAUGCCGUUUUAGCCGUCUUAACCCUUCAUAUGUAGGUCUUACAGUUGUCUGGGACAUGUAUUUAGGCAUAGUAGGUGCAGGAAAUAAGAUUCCCUAUUAUAUUGGGAGAUGUAGUUCUCACAGAAUGGCUGAAUAUUGCCUUAAGGGGUAAUUUCCUAGGAUGUAUUAGAUGCCUAAAAUGUGUAGUAGAUAUACACCCUAUUCUAUAUCAUAGGGUGUAUAACUAAUACAUAGCAAACCAUGGGAUUAGCACUACAAGGGCUAUUAAUACAUGUUUAAGCAUGGUUAAAGAUAAAAUUCUAGUUAAUACACCUAACCAACCAAACAGAGACAGUGGAUAAGAACUAACCCUAGCACAACUAAUCUGAACAUUACUAAUACACUCUAUUUAGUACUAUUCUUAUAAACUCUACCAUAAAAUUGCUAAAUGUCUUCGCCCUUUAUAUAUAUAUAUUCUUUUAUAAUGUAGUAGGUACAGGAAA